AUGUAUGUACCAAGAUACUUAUAUUCUAAUACACACAGUACUGAAACAUGCAAACCACUUAAUGUAUUAAUAAUUCAAUUGCAUUUUCGAGUGCAGUUUAAAUGGAGACCAUAUGAAAACGAGUUGGAUGAGUUACCAGAUUAUUGCAAAGCAGGGAAGCACAUCUGGAUGACGAAGUCUCCUCUGAUCAUGUAUGAGAUUGUAGAGUGGCACUUACCGGACAGAGUUCUCCGCCAGUUUGGGAAGUUCAAGCAGCCACCCCCGGCCAACUUCGACACCGGAGUAGACUUGCACAAGAUUGAUGGGAGAGGGAAAAGGGGCACAGACUGGAGCACUAGGCACAUGAAAUACUUGUUUGAAUGGGAAAGCCGAGAAGAAAAUGUUGUGAAUGCGGUGGCUGAUGAUGAUAAUGACCAAACGUGGUUAGAAGAAUAUGAGAGAUGGUAUAGCUUGAUUGCACGUCGUGUCAUUACCAACCCAGUCCACCGUCCUGAAAGAGGAUUCAUGCCUUUAGCGUCAAAGCUAGAACACUUGGUGAGGGUUACGCAUAAGAUAAGUGGGAUGGCCAGAGAGGGUUUGGAGAAAGCUGGAAAUGCAGGUGAAGGCUAUGCUGCCAUUGAGGAAGCGUGUGUUAAAGCUUUGACCCUCAUAGGGGAAGACAGGAGAGUUGAAACUCAACCCGAUGACAUCCUGCCACAGGGUGAUGGUGGCAGUGAUGAUGAUAAUGAUGGUGGUGCUCCGCCAAGGCGUGAGGCUCGCCGUGAGCGGCGCAGAGAGCCGGGAAACGACCCCCGGCCUAGAAGAGGUGGGAGGAGGAAGAAGGUUAGGGUGGAUGAAGGUGAAGGUGCACCUCAGAAUUGAGUUAGUAAUAAAUAUUAUAUUGUGACC